CUCUCUCUCUCCGAAGCUCCAUCCAUGGCGGUUUCACCUUUUUCAACCAUUUUGCUUUCCUUUUCUCUUACCUUCUUCUUCUUCUUCACCUUCACCAUUUCAGCACCAUCUUCUUCUUCAUCUUCUCCAGAUGUUGAUUUGUUACUCAGAAGAGUGAAACCUUCAAUCCAAGGAAGAACGGAGAAUUUGUUGUUGAAUUCAUGGAAUACAUCUGUUCCUCUCUGUCAAUGGCGAGGAUUGAAAUGGGUUUUCACAAAUGGAUCUCCAUUAACGUGUACGGAUAUAUCUUCUCCACAAUGGUCGAAUCUCUCUCUCUCUAAAGACCCAUCUCUUCAUCUUCUCUCUCUACAACUCCCGUCGGCAAAUCUCUCCGGCACACUCCCUCCGGAGAUUGGAGAACUCUCCACACUUCAGAGUCUAUAUCUUUCAGUUAACUCCAUCUCGGGUUCCAUCCCACUUGAACUCGGGUACAGCUCUUCAUUAUCGGAUAUUGAUCUCGGAUCCAAUUUGUUAUCCGGGUCGGUUCCUGCAUCCAUCUGGAACCUCUGUGAUCGAUUGAUAUCUCUUCGUCUUCAUGGUAAUUUGUUAUCCGGGUCAAUACCCGAACCCGCAUUACCAAAUGCCACCUGCAACACUUUACUAUAUCUCGAUAUGGGACAAAAUGAAUUUACAGGAAGUAUUCCAGAAUAUAUAUCUGGAUUUCGAGGGCUUCGACAGCUUGAUCUUAGUAGCAAUAAUUUUUCAGGUUUAAUUCCAGAUGAUUUAUCGAAAUUACCUUUAGAUAAACUGAAUCUCUCCUACAAUAAUCUCUCUGGUGUUUUGCCUAAUUUUGGUGAAUCAAAAUUCGGAUCGGAUUCGUUUGAAGGAAACCCUAGCUUAUGCGGUCCGCCAUUAAAGCUCUGUAAACAAGGCUCCAAAGGAGGUUUAAGCUCCGGCGCCGUUGCCGGACUCGUGAUCAGUUUGAUGACAGGCGUUGUCGUUUUUGCUUCACUAUUAAUUGGGUAUUCUCAAGGGAAACGAAAGAAGAACUUAGAUGAAGAAGAAGAAGAAUUCGAAGAUGGUGAAGAUGACGAAAAUGGCGGUGGCGAAGGAAAAUUGAUAUUGUUUCAAGGCGGCGAGCAUUUGACAUUAGAGGAUGUAUUGAACGCCACCGGUCAAGUUAUGGAGAAGACGAGUUAUGGAACGAUUUAUAAGGCGAAAUUGGCCGAUGGUGGUACGAUUGCUUUGCGGCUUUUGAGGGAAGGGAGUUGCAGAGACGGUGGUUGUUGUUUGCCGGCGAUCAGACAGUUGGGAAGAAUCCGGCAUGAAAAUUUGAUUCCGUUGAGAGCUUUUUAUCAAGGGAAAAGAGGGGAGAAGUUGUUGAUUUACGAUUAUCUUCCGAAUCGGACUCUUCACGAGCUCUUACACGAAUCGCGGCCCGGGAAACCGGUUUUGAACUGGUCAAGGCGGCACAAGAUUGCGUUGGGUAUAGCCAAAGGGCUAGCCCAUUUGCAUUCGAGCAUCGAGACACCCAUCACUCACGGCAAUGUGCGGUCAAGAAACGUGCUUGUUGAUGACUUUUUCGUGGCCCGGCUCACGGAUUUCGGGCUCUACAAGCUCAUGAUCCCGGCGGUAGCCGACGAGAUCAUUGCCGCCGCGAAAACCGGCGGCUACAAGGCACCAGAGCUUCAAAAGAUGAAGAACUGCAAUUCAAGAACUGAUGUGUAUGCCUUCGGGAUCCUACUUUUGGAGAUUUUGUUGGGAAAGAAGCCCGGAAAGAAUGGCGGCAGGGAGGGGUUCGUUGAUCUUCCGGCGGCAGUGAAGGUGGCAGUUCUAGAAGAAACGACAAUGGAGGUUUUCGAUGUGGAGGUUCUGAAAGGAAUCAGGAGUCCAAUGGAAGACGGUGUGGUUCAGGCCUUGAAGUUAGCCAUGGGGUGCUGUGCACCGGUGGCAUCGGUUCGACCAUCGAUGGAGGAAGUGGUGAAGCAGCUCGAGGAGAAUAGACCGAGAAACCGAUCGGCUUUGUAUAGCCCGGCUGAAACGAGAAGUGAAAUCGGAACGCCAUUUUGAUCGUUUUUCGGGUUCGAAUCAUGGAAACGGGGGGUUUUACGAACUGCAACGAUAAGAUUACAUACAAGACUUUUUUUUCUCCGUGUUUUGGUGCACCAGGGUUGUGUUUCGAUUUUAGAUAGUUUGUUGAGAUUUUGUAUUAGAUGUAUGUAUGCAUCAAGAAUGUAGAACUAUUAUUCCGCUAAAUG